AUGCCCCUCCUUGCAGAGAACCCUAAUUUGGCCAUCGUUCCAGAUUUCCAAUCAAACGAACACGUGGAAGCACACGCUCAGCUUGUCAACGACACAGUAGACGAACAGCAAGCAGCAGAACUUCUUGCCAGCCUCUGGCGAAUCCAAAACAAUACAGACAAAAUUUACUGGAAUGCUAGACUACAAGAAGAAGCUCACACAGCUGAAGCUGAACACAGACAAGCUGCCGAAGCUGAAGACCAGCGCCAACAAACUCUUCUAGCAGAACAGGAAGCCGCCAUCUUAGAAGAGCGCAAGAAAAAUAAAUCUAAAUAUACUCCAAUCCGCAACAUUGAUAUUCUGUCCAACCCCAUCAUCCUUCCGUGCCAAUAUGCUAUUCGCAGAAUGAAAUCCGGAGAAUUCUGCGAGCUCUUCUACUUUAUGAACAGCGGUCUCGAAGAAGCCUCUCGAAUGGUAUUUACGGCCAAUGAAGAUGUGCUCAUUAUGCUACCCACCGUGGACGGUCUACACAAGUGGAUUCCUGCAGGCACUGCAUGGGAUCCCAAAGCACAGAUUGUGAAGGACGAAAAUCUCACCUGGGAACAGUUUAAUGAGGCAGCCCCUAGAAUGAUAGCGCUGAUGAAGGAAAACGAUUGGCCCAACGACAGAGUGAAUAUAAUCAUCGUUGGUGCCACGACUUCGACACUCAUAAACAACGAGCGCUACUGUUAUAUCAGGCGCAACAGAGACGCCAUUGGCAUCUAG